ACCGGCAAAAUACACGAGGUUUUCAAGAUGGCGGCUGAAAAAGGCGACCACGAGUCGCGAAGACAUAGAAAAUCGGACUCACACAGUCACGAUGGUUCACGAAACGAAGAAGAAGAAGAACCUGACUUCAGUGAUCCAGAAGAUUUUGUAGAUGACUUAGCGAAUGAUGAGGUCCUGGUUGAUUUGAUGCGCGCCAAGCCAAAGGAAACUGAUGGUAUUGACAGUGUCAUUGUAGUGGAUAAUGUCCCACAGGUUGGAGCAGACAGACAAGAAAAGCUGAAAAAUGUCAUCAGCAAGCUAUUCACAAAAUUUGGCAAAAUUGUCACUGAAUAUUAUCCUAUGGAGAAUGACAAAACUAAGGGAUAUAUUUUUCUUGAGUACACAUCACCCAUGCAUGCUAUGGAAGCUGUCAAAACUGCAAAUGGUUAUAAACUAGACAAGCAGCACGUCUUUUCUGUCAAUUUGUUCUCAGACUUUAUCAGAUAUGGUGAUUUGUCAGAGGAUUGGGUAGCUCCAACAAUUCAGCCUUUCAAAGAUGUGGGUAACCUGAGAAGCUUCUUACAAGACCCAGACGCUGUUGACCAAUACAGUGUAAUUUAUGAGGGUGGAGAACGGACAGCCAUAUUUAAAAACACACCCAGGGAGCCAACAGUGAUAGAAGAGAGAGAAAGAUGGACAGAGACAUACGUGCGCUGGUCCCCACAGGGAAAGUUUCUUGCCACGUUUCACGGCAAAGGAAAUGCCCUUUGGGGAGGCGAAAAGUUUGUCAGGAUCAUGAGGUUUAGUCACACUGGAGUUCAGCUCAUCGAUUUCUCACCCUGUGAAAGGUACCUGGUCACCUUCAGUCCUGUGCCAAGUAACCCAGAGGAUCCAACAGCCAUCAUCAUCUGGGACAUCCGAACUGAGCAAAAACAACGUGGGUUUAACUGCGAGACACAAUCUACCUGGCCUAUUUUCAAAUGGAGUCAUGACGGUAGCUACUUUGCCAGAAUCAGCCGAGAUACAUUAAGUGUAUAUGAGACGCCAUCCUUCGGUCUGCUGGAGAAGAAAAGUCUGAAGAUCUGUGGUAUUCGAGAUUUUACAUGGUCCCCAACUGACAAUAUCAUUGCCUACUGGGUGCCAGAGGAACAGAACGUACCGGCUCGUGUAACACUCAUCCAGAUACCAAACAGGAAGGAACUGUGUGUGAAAAACUUGUUCAAUGUGGCAGAUUGUAAAAUGCACUGGCAGAAAAAUGGUGACUAUCUGUGUGUGAAGGUAGACCGUUACUCCAAAGCCAAGAAAGUUGAUGAGAAAGAUCAAUACAAGUAUAGCGGUAUGUAUUACAAUUUUGAAUUGUUCCGAAUCCGAGAAAAACAGAUCCCAGUGGACAAAAUAGAAGUGAAAGAAAAUGUGAUGGCAUUUGCUUGGGAGCCAACUGGAAAUAAAUUUGCCUUUAUCCACGGGGAAAGUUCUAGGAUAUCUGUGUCAUUCUAUGUGAUACGUACCCAGGGGAAGGUGGAACUGCUGAAAACCCUGGAAAGGAGGACAGCCAACCACCUGUUCUGGAGUCCAUCAGGACAAUUUAUAGUAUUGGCAGGUUUGCGGAAUAUGAAUGGCGUGUUGGAGUUUGUGGAUGCGUCUGAUGUGACUGUGAUGGCACAAACAGAACACUUCAUGGCAACAGAUGUGGAGUGGGACCCCACAGGGCGAUAUGUAGUGUCUGCUGUCAGCUGGUGGGGGCACAAGGUUGACAAUGCCUUUUGGAUCUGGUCAUUCCAAGGCCGCUUGUUACAGAAGCAGCCAUUGGACAGGUUCUGUCAGUUGCUAUGGAGACCCAGACCGCCUUCACUAUUGUCCAGCGAUGCCAUUAAGAGUAUCAAGAAAAACAUGAAGAAGUACACCGAGCAGUUUGAGAUGAUUGACAGACUUCGACAAUCCAACGUUUCAACUGAGCUGCUAGAGAAGCGCCGCGCAUUGAUGGCAGAAUAUGAGAGAUUCCGGGAAAACAAAUUGCAGGAGUAUGAAGAGAUGAGGGAGAGGAGGAUAGAGCUGCGUAACGGCAUUGAUUCAGAUGAAUGCUACGAAGAAGAGUACGAUGAAGAGACCGUUGAGUUUUUGAAAUCUGUCGAAGAGACCAUUGUUGACGAGUAGACAGUUGGCCUACUUCACUAGCGACCCAGAUACAUCACCGAAGGGUGUGCCUCUAGACAAGGGUGUGCCUCUAGACAGACCCGGUAUCAUACAUUUACCACCAGCAGCCAUCUUGAAAACUGGUUCUGACUAGAGGGCAAGCUCGCUGCUGUAUUAGCAUUGAAUGCAGUGGACUAUAUUCUUGAUUACAAUGAACUACCAUUUUAUCUUCGGGGAUAUUUACCUUGAGGAGACUAACAGUAAUUUUAUUAUGAAAAGUAGCUACAUACCUACCAUGAAUGAUUUCAUAAGUUAUUGCAUGACCUGUCACCAGGUACAUUCUGUUAUAGUGCUGCUGUAUUACUUAGUCCUUCUACCAUUGUGUAAUUACAGCUUCUUGUCGCUAUCUUUAUUAUUUGGCCAUUACUCAGGACAGUUCCCUGUGGCAUACAGGAUAGCACCAUACCAUGUUAGUCCUUUUUGUUUCUCACAAGUGUGCUUCCAUGUACACCAAUCUAUCCAGGGGAUACCAAGGGGAAUUUGUCAAUCAAAUAAAAUUUUCUUUGUGAUAU